AUGGAUAAGAACAGGCACGCCACGCCUGCUCACAUGUGUGCCCAGUUGCCUGCCAGAGAUCGCAAUUCUCCAAGUUCAGACAGCAUACCACCGGACCCUCUGCAGAUUCUACUCAAGCCGGCCCAUCCCUGUGAUAGCUUCACGCGUGUCAAUGGGGCAAUCGCCUGCUGCAAAGGCACGUUCAGCGACGAGGCCACCUACGAGGUUUCGCAGCCCGGCACGGACACCUGCCUGGGAAUACCCUACCAAAACCACUGGAAUCGGCGACAGAACAGGACACCAUGGAAGCCCCGCACACAGACCUCCUACGGCAAAUCAUCCAGCUCGAGCAGUACGUGGAGACGAGUGCCGCCUCAGCCACCCAUGCCUAAGAGACGGGGGGCGGGCCACUUCGAGAAGGACCUGGAUGGCGACGUAGGUCAGCCCGUUGGCAACCCGGACUCGGAGCCCAAGGUGGCAGAUCCCCAACGAGCAGAGCCAGAAGCAUCGUCAUCCUCGACACCCGGGAGCAAGGAGGUUUCCGUGAAGGUGGACCCGGCACCAAGCAAGGAGAUGGAGAUGGGCGAAGAGGAGAGUGACCUUCUCGUGGACAAGAUGAUACAACUUGCGAAGACUACGGCGACACGUUUUGGGGUCACCAGCGAACAGCUGCUGGAUGCCAUGCAGAUGACCUGGCUCCCAGCACUGGAGCAAAAGCUUUGGCGGACUACGGAGACGUGCCUCUUGUGCUCACACAGUCCUGGCAACCUGCGGGAAUGGCAGCGGCAUUUGCUCACCAAAUCCCACUCCCGGAUCGCCAAUGAGGCAAAGAUGACGUGGUACCACCUCUACUUGGUCAUGAGCAUACACGAUGAUAGAAUGCACCCCGGUCUCUCUAUAUCCAUCGCUUUUGAUGUAAGUGCAUCUUUUAUAAAACGUUGUGUGUGCCGUGCACCCUCGCCCAUAUCACCAUCAGGAGCCAACAGGGAAAUCAGCAUCGCACGCCAGUUCGAAUGA